CUUAGCUUGUCGGUUGGCGGAGAGGGACCAUUGUGUAUAAGGCAAGGAGGGAGCCUCGGAGACGACUAGUAGCUUCCCAUAGUACGGUUUGGGAAAGGCUGAUUUUUAUCGUACCGAUGAAAGUGAAUGCCCGGACGGUUGACUUUUUGCUCCUAGCGGGGUGCGCCAGGUGAUUCUCGGUACCAACGGGGUAUGCAAGAGCGGCAAGACGGGAUGGGGUAUUUUGGGCGAAUGAAGAGGGGUAACACCCUGUCCCGGAGCCUGGGUACCGCGCUCGCGACGGUUGAGCUGCGCUUGAGUCCGGAAAUGCCGGUAGAUGUAAAGGAUGGGGUAUCAGUCGUCCUCCCGGAAGAAAGGACGUGGACGGAUCUAGAAUCGCUAGACGAGGAGGACGCAUUUCUUUGGAUAGAAACGGUGAGGAUCACGGAUGCAAGGCGCAAACUAGCAGAAAUAGAAAAGAGGACCGUAGAGUACAAGGCAAGAUUGAUCGAGGAAAUGAUGACUGGGAACGAGGAAGACCUUCUGCGAGAAGAACCGCGGGACGGACAGAAGGUCAGCCGAGGCGGAAUUGGGCAAGGAGGUAAGGAUAGUGACCGCGAAGGGACACCCAGCAAGAGAAGGAAGGAGAGAGAGAACUCCCCUGGAAUGGAAGCAGAAAAGGAUACGAACCCGCCGACCAUAGACAACAGGGCUAGCCGCCUGCCCGCCGCACCAGCAGUAAUGCGAGAGUGCCAAGGGCUUUGGAGCCUUAGGGAAAGGGUGUUGGGAUGGUUUGACCUGGAGGGGACUGCAAAGACUAGAGAAGGACAGAGGGCCGGCAAGGAAGGGCAGGAAACCGGUGCGGCAGGCGAGGGCAGUAGCUCCGAGGGUGGCCUCAGGAAGAUGAUGUCGUCCCUCACGCGGACACUAAACAAAAACCAAGACUACCUCGCGGAUGCUAAUAAAAAGUUGACGUUUAACAGGGCGAACACCACGGAAUUCGUGAUAGAUUACGAGAACCAAGCCGCGUUGCUGAAAUGGAGUGAAGAGGAGAAGAUGAACCACCUAGGACAGCAUGUGUCGUUGAGCCUAGGACAAGACAUAAUGGCCAUCGGGGCCGCAAGCCGGUCUUGGAAGGAGACUCGGGAUGUAAUGAUGAGGAAGUACCUGGUGGCGGAGAAAAUGGCAACUGAAGCCGAUUUAGCGGCAGUCCAAAGGAGGAACUUCGCAACAUACAAUGACUUCCUGAGAGAGUUUACCCUGGCCGCACUAAGGAUCCCCGGGGUAACAGAGCGGAUAAUGAGUAAGUAUUUCUUCAGGCAGUUUUCCGAGUUUGAUAAGGAUAAGAUUCUGUCGGCCUACCAACAGACGAGCAAAUUUGUAAACACUAGGGAUGUUGACUUCGGUACGGUGACGGAUCUGGCCGAGAAAACGGUAGUGACUGAAACACUGGCCUUGCUUAAGGAGGGAGAGAUCAUAGAUCUGACCGACAAGACGGGCGACAAGUUCGACUACAAGAUCGAACGAAUUGCUGGACUCAGGAACAAGGUCGAUGGGCUAAGUCGGGUCAGUAUCACACCCAAAGGGGUGGAAGAUGCAGAACUCAUAGACGCGUUCUUUGAAUACGAAGGAGGAACCCUUGCGGUGGAUAAUGAAAUGAUGAGCGAAGGAUGCGCGUCGGGAGAAUUGUUGAUUCAAACCUUGGAGAAAAGGGCACCUGCCGUAGUGGUGGAGCUUAGGGAAGGGCCAAUCACCAUCCGGGGACGCAAAGAGGAGAAGGAUUCGUCGGGGGCGAUAGUAGGUCCGAAGGAGGAAUUGAUAGCGAUGGUCAUUGAGGGAGGCCGGGAAGCCGUGAUGAGCCUAGUGGAGUCGUGGGAACGAAGAGAGUUGCAGCUAAUGGUAAACCAGAUGCAGGAGAGGCAGGAUGAGGAUCAGGAAGGGAAAGAGUUUCUCUAUGUUCAGAUGUACGAAGGGGUCUUUCGAGAAAUCGGAUUGCUGUUGGUAGGAAAUAAGCAGCCCGUGGAGGUCAGCAUUAAGGCAAGGGAGGAGGCCGAAAGAAACGUCCUAAGGAACAGUCAUCUGUUCAGGACAGAGGAAGGCGUUACGCCUAAAAGAGUCGUAUGCGGGAGGUCUAGGCAGUUGGACGUGAUCCAGGCGAUGCACGAUGGACUAGCAGGGGUACAUAGAUCGUCCAAAGGAACCUUUGCAAAGAUAACACCCCUCUAUUACUGGCCAGGCAUGGCAGGAAUGGUCGCCAUGUAUUAAGCGGUCGCACUCAAGAAAAAGACGGGGAAAGGUAUAGGAGAUUGGAUAGAGGAUUUCUACGUGAGACAUCACUUCAUCAGGAGGUUUAUAGCAGACAAUGGAACGGAGUUUGUAAACCAAGAAGUGUUGGGAAUGCUUAAAAGGCUCUGCGUACCUAUCAAGCUCAUCGAGCCGUAUCACCCGGAGGCCAAUGCACCUGUGGAAAGGGGGCACCGGACCUUAAAGAACACAAUUGAGAAGCUCACAGCGGACAAUCUAGGGAGUUGGCCUAGGCUUCUUAAGAAGGCCAUCUUCUCGAAGAACAUGACACCUAAGAGGACAACGGGAUGCAUCCCAGCGGAACUCGGGUGUGGAAGAGAGAUCGAUUUUCCUGUGGAAGCCUGGUUACCUACCUGGAACAGGUUAGAUAACGAUCCGCGUAUGACCACGGAAGAAUUAAUUGAGGCACGAUGUCAACAAGUCCUUAGAAACGAGGAGGCCGUGGAAGACAUUGCCAACCGAGUACUGGACAACAAGAUGAGGGAUAAAACAAGGUGGGACCAGGUUAAGAAUAUCCGAAAGGAGCCGCUUCAGGAUCAAGGGAGAAACUUUAAAAAAACGGAAAAAAAAAUGAAAUUCGGCAACGAGAAUGACAGCGGGGCGAUCAACACGGUCAGCGAAGGGGGAGGAGCGGGAUCAAGCCGAGAACGAAGGAUUGCGAAGAGAAAGUUGUACAUAGGGUACCUGUCCAAACAUGUAAUAGGCAGGGGGGCGACAAAACAAGAGUAUAGAGGGUCCUCGCCUCUCAGAAAAGGAGAAGGGAUAUACGUCUCAUCGGGGAUUGAGAGCGAGGAAGAGAAAAUGAGUGUGGAGGAGAGGACUCGGGGCUCUGCCGAGAAGAAGGCCGAAGAAUGCGAACAACAUGAACCUUGGCAUGGGGAGAACGAAGGAAGGCAGAACAUGAGUGACAGGCAUGAAAGAGGGGAAAAAACGAGGGAAAGCCGGCGUGAAGAGCGGAGCGGCCACGACAGUUGUGAGAGGAGAUACAUGGACUUUGAGGAAGGAUACGAGAGAAGGACGGUGAUUCCUUAUAAUCUAGAUCCAAAGAACUUCACGGGUGAGUUCAACCCCGUACAGACGACAGAGGAUGAGGACGAGGAGGAAGAGGUACAAGAGAUCAUUGAGAUUAGCAGUGACGAUGAGAGGGAUGAGAUCUCAAAGCCCCGAGAAGAGAGGCGACCACCUAUGAACCAGCAACGUGAAGGGCCCUCCAGAUGGGAAGAUGAGUUUGGGCCAACGCCCAGUCAUUGGUUUGAGCAGUGACUUACUGUAAUCAAGCACGAUUAAAUUA